AUGGCUGUCUGGUUGCGCUUUGCCAUUGUCGUUUGCAUCUGCAUCAGCAGUUUGAAUGACGCGGUCGCGAACUAUGAUCUGGCACCGGAGACCCCCAGCGGCAUUCCUUACGCGCAUGGUUACGCCUACCUCUCCGAACUGAAGUACCCACCCGGCUUCAGCCACUUCAAUUACGUUAAUCCCGAUGCGCCUAAAGGCGGCGCCUUGCGUCUUGGCGAACAGGGCAACUGGGACAACUUUAUCGCCUGGGCAACAAAGGGCCGUACGGUGCUGGGCGUGGCGUUCUGGGAAAGCUACUACAGCCAUAUUUAUGAUGGCUUACUCGAAGAAGCACGCGAUGAACCUGCCAGCCGUUAUGGCCUGCUGGCCGAAGGUGUCUACUACGCCGUCGACGGCGACUGGGUCGCCUUCAAACUCCGCGAAGGCGCCUACUGGCACGAUGGCGAGCCGGUCACAGUCGACGAUCUACUGUUCUCCUUUGAGGUGUAUCAAACCCACGCCGCGCCCACCAUUUCCCAACCCUUCUCUGUAUUUACUGCAGCUGAGGUCAUCGGUCCUAACGAGGUGCGUUACCUGAUAGAUGAAGCGUUUCAUGGUGACCCGGUGCUGCCCUAUCGCAUUGGUGGCGUGCCGGUGCUGCCCAAACACUACUGGGCCGGCCGCGACCCUUCUAAAACUUCCGUUGAACCGCCACUGGGCAGUGGCCCAUACCGUGUCAAAGAUUUUAAGGUUGGCCGCUGGAUUGAAUAUGAACGGGUUGAAGAUUACUGGGCAGCAGAGCUGCCUGUGAACCGCGGGCGCUACAACUUCGAUAUCAUCAAAUACGACUAUUUCCGCGACGAUCAGGUGCGUCAUGAAGCGGUGAAAAGCCACGUCUCGGAUCUGCGCGAAGAGGAAGUGCCUGGAAGAUGGUUCCGCUCCUACGACAUCCCGGCAAAAGAGGCAGGAUUUUUCAGACAGGAAGCCAAGAAAGUAUCCCUGCCUUCAGGUCUGUGGUGGCCCAUAUUCUGGAACCUGCGCCAGGAACGCUUUCAAGACAUACGUAUACGCGAAGCGCUGUGGCUGGUGCGGGACCCCGCCUGGGGUAACGAAGCUGUACAGCGCGGGUUCUGGUCUUUAGCACGCAGCUAUUUCCACAACUCGCGUAUGGCCAGCAGCGGGCUGCCUUCAGGCGACGAACUGGCGUUACUGGAACCCAUGCGCGAGCUGGUGCCAGCUCGAGUAUUUACUGAAGAAUUUGCGCCACCACCAGGGGCGGGAGAGGGUUUUAACCGCGGCAACAUCAUCCGAGCCAUUGAGCUGUUUGACGCCGCUGGCUGGGAAAUCCGUGACAAUGUCAUGGUCAACAAGGUCACUGGUGAGCCUUUUGAGUUGCAGCUGGUUGCGGUAUCUACCGCACUGGGCUUUUCCUGGAUAGCUUACAAGCGGGUCCUGGAACGUCUCGGCAUUCAUGCCACCAUUGUUGCGCCAGAGGUAUCCAACUGGCUGUACCGCAUGCGCUCAGGUGAUUUUGAUGGCGGCGCUAUCUGGUUUCUACCUAACAACACACCCACUGUUCUGCUGCAGAACAAUUUUUCGUCCGCCGCCGCAGAGCAGGCGUACAGCUACAACUGGCCACACAUGAAAGAUCCUGCCGUUGAUCAGCUGAUUGACGCUGUCAAUCGCGCCAGCAAUGAACGCGAAUUCCUCGCGGCAAUACACGCCCUGGAUCGUGUACUGCUGUGGAACUUCUAUUUCAUGCCGGGUACGUCCCGCUCCAGCCACGGUCUCGUAUGGUGGGAUAAAUUUGGCUACAAAGACCGGUCGCUGAUGGGGCGUUAUUUACUCAAACGUCUGCUGCUGAUCAUUCCCACUCUGUUUGGCAUCAUCGCGAUCAACUUUGUGAUUGUACAAUUUGCUCCGGGCGGACCGGUUGAGCAGGCCAUCGCUGAAGCCUCCGGUAUGACCAUGGGUGGCGCCACCGCCAACAUCUCCGCAGCUGGCGCUCAAGGCCCCAGCGGCAGCUCCAGCUAUCAGGGGUCUUCCGGCCUUGACCCGGAAUUUCUGGCCAAGCUGGAAAAACAGUUUGGCUUCGACAAGCCGGCCCACGAACGCUUUUUUCUCAUGAUCUGGAACUACAUGCGCUUCGAUUUUGGCGACAGUUACUUUCAGGAUCGCCCCGUGGUUGACCUUGUUAUUGAACGCAUUCCAGUUUCCAUAUCUCUGGGGCUGUGGUCAUUGCUGCUCAUCUACAGCAUAUCCAUACCUCUGGGUAUCGCUAAAGCUGUGCGUGAUGGCAGCCGUUUUGAUGUGGCAACCAGCGCCGUGCUGUUUGCCGCCUAUGCGAUUCCCGGCUUUCUGUUUUCGAUUCUGCUGAUCAUAAUUUUUGCCGGCGGCAACUAUUUGUCCUGGUUUCCGCUGCGCGGCUUAACCUCUGAAGGGUUUGAAGCGCUGUCUUUUAUCGACCAGGUUGUCGACUACUUCUGGCAUCUGGCAUUGCCGCUUACAGCCCUCACAUUAGGUGGGUUUGCGACCUUAUCCAUGCUCACCAAGAACUCCUUUUUGGAAGAGCUCUCUAAACAGUUUGUCUUAACCGCUCGCGCCAAAGGCUUAACUGAACAGCGCGUGUUAUAUGGUCACGUGUUUCGCAACGCCAUGCUGAUUGUUAUCGCAGGUUUCCCCGCCGCCUUUGUGGGCAUCCUGUUUACCGGCGCGCUGCUCAUCGAAGUUAUAUUUUCGUUAGACGGGCUGGGGCUGCUGGGUUUCGAAGCGGCCAUGACGCGGGAUUUUCCUAUUCUAUUUGGUACCUUGUUUGCCUUUACUCUUGUUGGGCUCGUGAUGCAGCUGAUCGGCGACAUGGUUUACGUGCUGGUUGACCCGCGCAUCGACUUUGAGGCGCUAUGGUCCCUGCGUAUUUUCCUUGUCUUAUUUGUCAUCACCCUGUGUGCUGAGAUGAUCGCUAACGAUCGGCCCAUCAUCAUGGUGUUAAACGGCAAACUUUUUGUACCGAUGCUGGUGGACUACGCGGAAACAGAACUUGGUGGUGAACUGCCGUCCACCGCGGAUUUCCGUGAUCCGUAUGUUGCAGACCUGAUCAGGGAUGGCAUUGUUCUGUGGCCACCCAUCCGUUACUCCCACAACACCAUUAACUGGAAUGUUGAAUUGCCUCUGCCCCACCCACCAGACGGCGAGCACUUGCUGGGAACCGACAGCACAGGCAACGAUGUGCUGGCAAAACUCAUUUACGGUUUCCGCUUAUCUGUUCUGUUUGGGUUGUCUAUGACCAUAUUGGCAUCAGCCAUCGGUAUUACCGUAGGUGCCUUACAGGGCUACUUUGGUGGCCUCACCGACCUCAUCGGUCAACGCAUGGUGGAAAUAUGGACCGGUUUGCCGGUGCUGUUUGUGCUGAUCAUUUUAAACAGCAUUGUUGAGCCUACCUUUUUCUGGAUGCUGGUGACGCUCACCCUGUUCAGCUGGAUGGCCUUGACCGGGGUCGUGCGCGCAGAAUUUCUGCGUGCGCGCAAUUUUGAAUUUGUACGUGCCGCCCGCGCCAUGGGCGUGGGCAACGUGACCAUCAUGUUUCGGCACGUCUUACCUAAUGCGAUGACUGCGGCUUUGACCUACACACCAUUCCUUUUGAACUCCUCCAUCGCCACCCUCACGGCGCUGGACUUUCUAAACCUCGGCUUGCCAUUGGACUAUCCUUCCCUGGGCCGGCUGCUGACUCAGGCACAAGCCAAUCUGCAGGCGCCCUGGCUUGGGCUAUCGGUUUUUGUCACCCUGGCAACCAUGCUGACCCUGCUGAUAUUUGUCGGUGAAGGGGUCACUAACCUGACGGUUCAAUUUGGUGACACCAAGGUUGUCGAUGAUGUGUCUUUUCAUCUGCAGGCGGGCGAAAUUGCUGCACUGGUUGGAGAAUCGGGAUCGGGCAAAUCUGUCAGCGCAUUGUCCGUUCUGCAGUUACUGCCUUAUCCCCACGCCUCGCACCCCACCGGCUCCAUUGAGCUGGACGGUGAACAGAUGAUUGGUGCCAGCAAAGCCCAGUUGCAAGCCAUACGCGGCGGUGAAGUUGGCAUGAUCUUCCAGGAACCGAUGACGUCGCUGAAUCCGCUACAUACGGUGGGUAAACAGAUUGGUGAAACCCUGCGCGUACACAAAGGUUUAAACCGCGGACAAGCGCGCCAGAAAGCACUGGAUCUGCUGGAGCGAGUUCAACUACCUGACCCUAAUGGCAAACUCGACGCUUACCCACAUCAACUGUCGGGUGGUCAGCGCCAACGUGUGAUGAUUGCCAUGGCACUGGCCAAUUCGCCUAAACUGCUGAUAGCCGACGAACCCACCACCGCGCUGGAUGUCACCAUCCAAGCCAGCAUUCUGGAUCUGCUCAAAGAACUAAACCGCGACAUGGGCAUGGCCAUUCUGAUGAUUUCUCAUGAUCUGGGUAUUGUGCGCAGCAUGGCCAAUCGUGUGUACGUGAUGAAUCAAGGCAAAAUCGUAGAAAACGGUCUUACCGAGCAGCUUUUCACCGACCCUCAACACAGCUAUACCCAUCACCUGCUCAACUCGCGACCCGGCGGUAGACCCGCAGCAGUACCUGAGCAUGCAGCUGAAAUUGUGUCUGCCCGUGAUCUGACUGUGGGUUACAACAUCGGCAAGGCCUGGUUCGGUAAAAGUGAUCAGUUUAUUGCGGUACAUCCCAUGGAUUUUACCGUGGUUGCCGGUGAAACCCUGGCGGUUGUGGGCGAAUCUGGCAGCGGCAAAACCAGCCUCGGCCUGGCCACCCUGAAACUGAUACCCAGCAGUGGGCAGAUCUGUUACCUCGGCAACAACAUACAGACGUUAAAAACCCAGGAACUCAAAAGUCUGCGACGUAAUAUGCAGAUGGUGUUUCAGGACCCCUACGGUAGCCUGUCACCACGCCUUACCGUGCGUGACAUUGUUGCUGAAGGUUUAUCAGUUCAUGAGCGGCAACUAAGCCCUGCUGAGGUCGACGCCCGGGUUGUAGAAGCCUUGGAAGAAGUGGGCCUGGAACCCAGCUGGAUGUCCCGCUAUCCACACGAAUUUUCCGGGGGGCAACGCCAGCGUAUCUCCCUUGCACGCGCCCAGGUAUUACGACCGGAUUUUAUUGUGCUGGAUGAACCCACUUCUGCUCUGGACAUGUCAGUGCAGUCGCAGAUUGUUGAACUGCUGCGCGAACUGCAACAGAAACACCAGCUGGCCUAUUUGUUUAUCAGUCAUGACCUGGCUGUGGUGCGUGCGCUUGCGCACCGUGUACUUGUUAUGAAAGACGGUGUGGUGGUGGAGCAAGGUGACGCUGAUCAGAUUUUCAGCAACCCGCAAACACAAUACACUCAGGCCCUGUUAGCCGCGGCUAUGUUGUACGACUGA